AUGUCUGAAGAAGAUAAAUCUAAGAAAUUGGAAGAGUUGUUGAAACUUUUGAAGGUCCAUGAUGGUGAUUUGUCGAAGUUCACCUCUCAACAACGUAAGGAUAUGAACGAGUAUAAGUUCUGGAAGACUCAGCCGGUUACUAAAUUUGAUGAAGUGAUCAAGAAAGAGGGGCCUAUUGAUUCCAGUAAGAGACCAGAGGAUAUUCCAGACACACCCUUGCCAUUAUUGGGAGAUUUCGAGUGGUGUACCGUUGACGUUAAUGACGAAAAACAGUUGGAAGACGUAUACGUGUUAUUGAAUGAGAACUAUGUCGAGGACAAAGACUCUACCUUCAGAUUCAAUUAUUCCCGUGAUUUCUUGAAUUGGGGGUUGAAACCACCUGGCUGGAAAGAGGAAUGGCAAGUCGGUGUCAGGGUUAAAGAAACCAAGAGACUUGUUGGUUUUAUCAGCGCUAUCCCAACCAACUUACAAGUUAGAGGUAAUGAUGUGCGUAGUGUCGAAAUUAACUUCUUAUGUGUGCACAAGAAGUUGAGAUCAAAGAGAUUGGCGCCAAUUUUAAUCAAAGAAGUUACCAGAAGGGUGAAUAAGUACGAUAUUUGGCAAGCCUUGCACACUGGUGGUGUGGUUUUGCCCUCGCCAGUCAGUUCAUGCCGUUAUGCUCAUAGACCACUAAACUGGUCAAAGUUAUACGACGUUGAGUUUACUGCUUUGCCAGCAAACGCUACCAAAACCCAAAUGAUUGCUAAAUAUACUUUACCAAAGACUCCAAUCUCUAACAUUAAACUAAUGGAGGAAAGACACGUUGAUGAGGCCUUUGAACUUUUCAAUAAAUACCAGCAAAGAUUUGAAUUGAGACCAAACUUCGAUAAAGAAGAGUUCAGACAUUGGAUCUUGACCAGAGAAGAUGUUGUAUAUUCCUACAUUAUUGAAAACGACGAGGGUAAGGUGACAGACUUCGUCUCGUUUUACUCCUUGCCGUUCACGAUCAUCAACAACCCAUUGUACAAGGAUUUGGGAAUUGGUUAUAUGUUCUAUUAUGCUUCUGAUGCCGACUUCGGAUACGACAGAUUUAGCGCAGAGGGCACAGAAAGAUUAAGAAAGAGAUUGAAUCUGUUGAUCAACGAUGCAUGUAUUUUAGCUCGUAAUUUGAAAAUGGACGUAUUCAACGCUCUAACUUCCCAAGAUAAUGCGUUGUUCUUGGAAGACUUGAAGUUCGGGCCUGGUGACGGGUUCUUAAACUUCUACUUGUUCAAUUAUAGAUGUUUCCCAAUCACUGGUGGUAUCAAGGAAGACCAGACCUUUGACGUGGAAAAACGUAGUAAUGUUGGUGUUGUCUUACUGUAA